GUUGCGGCGACAUACGUGUGGAUGUUGCAGCAGGGUAACGCAGCAAUCUACCGAGUAGGGAGGAGGAGGAAAAAAAAUCUAAAGAUUCUGACCAAUAAGGAGCAGCUUUGCCUUUUGCACAUGUUCGAUGUCGUCACUGAGAAACCACUAUCACACUCCCUCGUGUCACGUCCCUAACAGAAAAUGGAUAAGCACAAGCUGGGAAUCCGAACUGAUGCGGCAACAUCAACAUUAAAGCAACUUGAUGGAGAAAACUAGAGGAAUCCCUUUAAGAUGACACGCACAGACCCACCUGACAUACUGGUAUCAACGGUGCAUCAAGACAUAAAAGUGAUCCCCAUUUCUUCACUCUAUAAGUCCUUACAAUCUUCCAAACAAUGUGAUAGUAUAAAUUCCAACACACUGGAGGACGGUAAAAGCAAAGACAAUAAGAGACACUGCCGUACCUUUGACUACAAGUCACUGGAGUACCCCAAAUCACACAAAUAUCCUAUGGAUUCUCCAUACAGGAAAGGAGAUAGGCAGGCAUCCAACCAAGAUGUAGCCUGGAAUGUGUUGGGCCACCGGCAGAGGUACCGUUUUUCUGCUCCUGACAUUUUUAGUCACAGGUUGACUCCUCAGCCAGUGACAACAGAUAUGGCCAGUGAGGUAAUUGUCCCUGAACAAAAACGAAGGACCAGGUCAAAAAGUGCGCCUCGAGUCCACACAACUUUCACUGCCGUGUCUCUUGAAGGAUCAUCAUCUUCAGGAAGGAAGGGCAGAGAGUUCCAAAGGGAUUACAGAGACUCCCGUCGGAGACCAGAAGUAUCACCACAUAGGGAACCCUCCUAUGCAGCAACCAGGGCUCAUAUGCAAGAAGUACAUCCCAUUAAGUUGCAGCCACAAAUGGGUGACAGUAGUCGAUAUUCUCCUCACUACACUGCUGAUAAUUUUGAGGAUGAAGGUCUGGAUAAACCAGCAACUAGCCCUCAUGUCAGGUGUCGGGUUGACAUCAAGCCUGAUGAUGCAACAUUACAUCAUUCAGGACGGAAAAAUGCCACACCUCAAAUGGACAUACCCUGGCAGAGACACCACAGUGCAGGGACUAGGAGCCUGACUGUCCCACGCCAUUUCUCAUAUUCUAGAACGCCCACUCCCACUGACUCAUUUGUUACAGAAAGUAGACAAAGUUAUCAAUAUUCCCGUAGCAUGCCAAGUAGUUAUGUACAACCUAUGGAGAUUUCCUUGCAGAGGAUGCCUUCAUCAGGUGAUUUCUAUGGCAGAGAACGCAGAGCUCACUCUAGUCCUAAUGUGCCAACUAAGUUCUUUUAUGCAGAUGACCCAGGGGGAUAUGUUACUACUGCUCCUCCUCAACCAAGUUCUUACUUUCAUGAUGAACGUUACACACCUGGACAAGCAUAUACUCCAAAAGUCCAAUUUGUGCAAGAUCCAAGAACUCGAAUAGUGCAUGCUGUAGCUACAAGACCAUAUUAUUCUGAAAUGGAGCCCUAUUCAUACUCAAUGAAGACAGGGUAUCCCAAAUCCUAUGCAGCAAAUGAACCAUGGCCAUAUAUCAUACAGACACCUCCAACAAGAAUAUUUUAUGGGGAUGAUCCAAGGUCUUAUCAAAUUCAGACUGCUCCACCUAGGUUUUAUUAUUCCAGUGAGAUGUAUGCAAUGCCACCAGAGCACCAUGUCCCAGCUAGGGCAUAUUACACUGAAGGCAGAAGACAUGCUAGAGUAAUGCAUUCACAAACAGAUGACUGGUAUGGCUCAGAUGCAUCUGGUUACACCACCAAUCCUCCCUCUCAAGCAUCUCAAGUCACUCCAACAAGAGUACAACAAGAGCCUGCACUGACUCCGUGGUAUACCAACCCAUGUGUUGAACCCCAAAGAUUUGGUACAGAUUCCAAAUCUUACUCAAGGUCUUGGGACAAUAUUCUGAACUCACGUGUGGAAAGAGAACAGCCUCUUCCUGUACAGCGAGGUCAGAGUUAUGAUGAUCUUCUUGACUCCAGAAAGCCUGAGAGAUCUGCUGGUGAAAAACCACAACCAGUGGUUGUUAAUCUCUCUAGUUCACCAAGACGCUAUGCAGCCUUGUCAAUGUCUGACAACUCACUGAUUGACAAAAGCCCAACAGAGAUAUCAAAGAGCAGCACCAGUAAACUCUGGUUUGUCACCCCUGAAAUAACAAUCACAGAUAAUGACAUUCGAUCAAGUAGCCUUAAUAAGGCUGAAGGACGAUCUGCCAGUUGGGACAUUCUUGAUACCAGAAGCACAGAGAGUCCAGAAAUGAUUCAUCGGGACUUUGAGAGCUCAGCCAAAGAGAAGACACAUGACAAUGCUUCACUUCAGCAAAGUCUUGAACAACUUGAUGAACUUCUGGCUGAUCUUGUGACUGACUAUAAACCACCCAGCAGAAGGGCAAGUGAAGACAUUCUGGACCAACUAAAGAAGUUAAUUGAUGAGGAAGAAGCAGUGUCUUUGUCCAGAAAGAGUUCAAAGACAGGCACAGAAGAAGCAGCUCCUCUGGACAAACAGCCCACCUCGAUCCGAAUGAAUCCUGAUGCUUUUCGAGAUAUAGAUGGGGCAAGUGAUGUAAUGAAGAGUGCAGACGAGUGUUCCCCUGAUCAGAGCCCAGAUGAGGAUGACACAAUGAUGUGCUCUAACAACAAAUGCCGGAGGACAGAAACCCUGUUCAAUGCCUGUCUUUAUUUUAAAUCCUGCCAUAGCUGUUACACCUAUUACUGCUCUCGAAAUUGUCGCAGGGAGGACUGGGAUAUUCAUAAAGAAAGCUGCCUGUAUGGAAGAAUUGGUAGCACUUGCCGUCAUAUCAUCAAACACUGUCGGGAGACUGUUGAAGUCCACAAAGCCUUCUCCCGUAUUGCCAAAGUUGGCUACCUUUCUCGAGGUAGAGGAGUUCUCUUCCUUGGUUUUCCUAACCCUUUGUCAUCUAGUAACUUCUUGCAGUAUGGUCUGGAUAGUUUACUUAUGUCUCCUACAUAUUUGUCCCUUCGAGAGCUUGAAAGCUUCAAAGACAACCUAGGGGAGUACUGUAAAGAACUGCAGGAAGCUGGUAAAGAGUAUGACCCAAACGAAUGUUUCAUCUUAAAUGUAUCCAUUGCUGUAGGUGAGCAGUUGCCUGAAGGGCCAUCACCAAGGAACCAAGCUCCAACUGUCAGAAAAUAUGCAAAAGUAGCAUUGGCUUCGUUUAGCCCAGAGAGAAAGGUUCACAAGCAAGAGAGUGACAUGGAAACACUGAUCCUUACUCCACCCCCAGGAACAGCAGAUCUCGACAAAGAGGGAGAAGAAGGCCGGAAGGCCAGAGAAAUUUGCUUCAUUAAUAUACAACGAGAGUUAAGGAUUCGAGGGGUUUUCUUACGCCACGAAUACCCACAAGUGUAUCAGCAGCUCUGUGAGUUUGUGGAAAGUAACAGAAGAUUCACUCCUACAACAAUCUAUCCUAUUGAUAAGAGGACCGGUAAACAGUUUAUGUGCAUGAUUAUGGCUGCUUCAGAGCCCAGGACGUUGGAUUGGAUAGGCACCCCACAUCUCCUUGAUGACAUUAUUUAAGUGCACCUUUAGUUGUAAAUAUAUAUGUAUAGAAAUACAUAUAUAUUGUUAUACAUAUUUAUAUAUCCACUCAAUAACAAAACAUUUGUAGAUAACUAUUUUGUUAUCAAAAUAAUAUAUAUAUUCAUGUUUACUUCGUCAGUAUUAAUCUUUAUCAGAAUACUUCCUGUCAGGUGCAGAAUGAGUAAAAUACAUUUUUUACAUUUUUUUAACAUACCUUUUAUCAGCCACACUUAAUUUAAAUAAAAUAAAAUUAUUCGUAUGCUGAUCAUUUAUGAUACAUUUUUUUUGCUAAGGUGUACACAAAGGAAAAUUCUGGUGUUUUCAUUUUAUUUAAAUUAACAAGUUCUGUAUAUUCUUUGAAUUAUAGCCUCUUUAAAUGAUUGUCCGUUUCUGUGAGUGAAUACCUUAUGACUAUGUCACUUAAAUGGUAUACCAUGCUGAAAAAAUGAAAUUUAUUUAUAAUUUUUGUAACUAUAUAACUUUCCUAUGCAAAGUUAUUUCACGAAUUAACUACAGAAAUUGUAGUUUCUCUUAUUAUAUUAUAUUAUAUUAUAUUAUAUUAUAUUAUAUUAUAUUAUAUUAUAUGUAAAAAAAAUAGCUGCAACUGAGCUAAAAUAUUAAAAAAUUUUAAUGGAAGCAUAAAUACUCAUAAUAAGACAACUCUGAAGUGAGAUUUAAAACAAAAACUGAUGCAUGUAUGCUGCUUUGGUAGGAAUACUACACUUACAAAAACACUAUUUUCCUCUUUCCCGAGACAGUACUUUGGAGAGUGGCUCAAUUCAGUAGUUGUUCAUGGCUGCUUUGCAAAAUCAGCUGAGCAGUAUUGGGCUUGAGUUACAUUUUAAUGGAUAUUGGAAUGGUGCCAGCUAUCAGCCACACUGUAUGUGUUGGCCUGUACUGUUUAGUUUUAAGCACUGUGAAUAGUGAGUGUUAUCUACUACAACAAAAAUAAGCAAACAAAACCAUGCACAUACAAAAUGGUCUGAUAUCGAUAAAUUAUGUAUUUUUUAGAUAUAUUAAUAAAUGAAACUAUAUGAGUAAACAGCAGGAGCAGGUUAUUGUUCUUAGAGCAAGGUGAGCCAGAGUAGUAGCUAUAUGGUACAUACAUGUUUAAAGGAGACAUUAGCUGUGUAUUUGUGCUGCACUAGUUUUAAUUCAUCUGUGUCUUACACCCUCCUAUUUUGGUUUUAGCAAACUGGAAUCAUUACAUGUUACUCAUUGGUUUUAGAAGUUUUAGAAAUAUUUCUGAAUGAAACCAUUUCACAUAGAAAGUGGCUUGUGCACUGACUGCUAGGUUGAGCGAAUGGCUCAAAAUUUGUGCUGUGCUGUGCUUGGGUUUGUACUACAAAUUUUUUUUUGCAACCACUUGUGAUCUUUAUGUGUAUUAUGUAACCAUUCCCCAUCAUUCUGUGUUUUCUUUUGGUUGUACAAAUUUACAUUACACCGCAUGCAGAAGUGCUCCACAGCUGCCAUGCUUGCACUGCACUUUGCUUGACGCAAUGAAAAUCUGUUCUUGCACGAUGCAAGCUAUAGAAAAGAAUGCAUUCCAGAGCGCAAAGGUGCCAUUGUCACCUGGUAUGUGAAAGACACUUCAACCAUGUUGGUUCAUUAUUUGUAAGCAUAGAACAUUUCUCGACUUUGUUUUUGUAGUAUCCUAAAUCUCAAAUGCCUGCCAGCACAGUGAUUACAUUUUUUAAAUCAGUUUUAAAGAAUCAGUCAUAUGUUGCAGCAAUUUGAAAAUUGUUCAGCCAAGCCCUUUUUUGACCUGUGUAUUUGCAAAAGUCAUGACUUUGUCAGUUAGCUAGUGCUCAAAAGACAGUCCAGCCUUUAAUCAUUCCUUGACAUUUCAAUUUUUCCCUUGUGAUAUCACCUUUCCUUACAUUUUGUAAUACAAAGUACAAUGAAACUUGAAGCACAUAUAUUCGAAAGUCAAUUUAUAGGAUGUGCUGUAUAGAUUCAGUGAAAAGUUGCUGGCUGCAUGUGAUUCUGUUUUCUAUGCUCUGAUAUCAUUUUAAAAUGACAUAAAUGAUAGUAACUUGCUUGAUGAAUGGAUUUGUCAAAACUAUCCUAAGGAAAAUAGGAAUUUUCCAUUUUUGUCAUUUAAGUUAAAAUAAUAUAUUAAAGCAAUGAAGAAGAGACCUCACUAAAAAGUCUAGAAAACUCUGUAGUCUUGUAUUUUUUAUACUUUCAAUGUGAGUGUCUGAGUGUGUCAAUUUAUAAAUCAUAUAUAAUAAAUGGA